AUUGAGUUCCGUCUCAUGUUGAUGACGUCACAUCGUAUAUCGCCUGUAGGCAGCUAACAGGAUACGUGGUGGUCCAGAAAAGACAAGAAGGUUGAUUUUUUUGGGUUCUAAAACAGACGUUUUGCCCGUCAGACAGACUAUGGUCUUGGAUGGACUUGAGUGUUGAGCCUUAGUGAGAUGACUGACCAGGGCAACAACAACAACCACAACAUCUCCUGCAACCCCUUCGCCGCCCUCUUCAGCUCGUUGGCUGAUGCCAAGCAGUUUGCAUCAGGCCAGAAAUCUGCACAGUUACCCACUGAGCAGCCACAAGAUGACUCAGGAGACAGCCAAUCAGAGUCGGAGAACUCCGUGUCGGACAGCGUCGACGACAACGACGACUCGGUGGCCGAGAUAAGCCGCUCCUUCCGAUCCCGACAGGAACUGUGUGAGCAGCUCAAUGUCAAUCACAUGAUCCAGCGUAUCUUCCUCAUCACUUUGGACAACAGUGACCCCAGUCUGAGAGGGGGCAAUGGGAUCCCGCCUCGAUGUGUUUACUUGGAGGAGAUGGCGGCUGAUCUGGAUGGACAGGACUGGCUGGACAUGGACAACAUAGAGCAGGCUCUUUUUAAUCGGUUGCUGCUGCUAGAACCAGGAAACCACCUCAUCUACAUGACAUCCUGCAGCGCCGUGAACCUCUCCGCUGACCGUGACGCCGGAGAGAAGUGUGCCAUCCCUUACCUUUUCGCUUGUUAUCAGAGGGCAAAGGAAGAGGUGACUAAGGUACCAGAGAAGUUGUUGCCGUUCUCUGUUCGCUGUAAGAACCUGACGGUCUCGAACACGCGGACAGUCCUGCUCACGCCAGAGAUCUAUGUCAACCAGCUGGUGUACGAGCAGCUUCUGGACCUGCUGUUGGAUGCUUUCAGCCGAGCACAGCCCGAGGAGGUGGUGGAGUUUGUUGAGGAGGUGGUUGCCGGCUUGCUCUCUGAUCAAGAGGUGCGGACAUUCGAGGAGGUGAUGGUCCCGGUGCUUGACAUCCUUCAGGGAAGAAUCAAGGACUUGGAUCUGUGUCAGCCGCUCUUAUACUUCUACCUUGAUGUCCUUCUUUACUUCAGCCACCAGAAUGAUAUUGCCAAGGUAUUGAUGGAGCACAGUCAGCCCAAAGAUCCAGCAAAUGGUUUGUUGUACCAGAAGAGCCUUUUAGGAACCGUGUUGAGCAUCUCUUGCUUGCUGAAAACCCCAGGUGUGGUGGAGGGGCAUGGCUACUUCCUCAACCCCUCCCGCUCUAGCUCUCAGGAGGCUACGGUCCAGGAGGCCAACGUCCACCAGUUCAUGGGGCAAUUUCACGACAAGGUGCACCAAAUCUUUAAAAACUUGCUCCAACGCUCUAGUGACACGCGCCACCUGCUGCUGUCAUGGUUGGGAAACUGUCUGCACGCCAACGCCGGUCGGGCCAAGAUUUGGGCCAAUCAGAUGCCAGAGAUCUUCUUUCAAAUGUACGCCUCGGAUGCGUUCUUCUUAAAUUUGGGCGCAGCGCUGUUGAAGCUGUGCCAGCCCUUCUGCCGGCCGCGCUCGCCCAAACUGCUCACAUUUAACCCGACGUACUGUGCAGUCAGAGAGCUGAGUGAAGAGGAGAGGCGCAAUCGCAAUGUGCAUGCCAGAGGUCUCGACAAAGAAACCUGUCUGACCCCCGUGCCAUCGCAGCCCCCACUGGAGCCUGCUGAGUCCUACAGCCUGCUCACGGAAAAUCUCGUCCUCACGCAGGUCACCCUGCACCUCGGCUUCCACAGACUUCACGAGCAACUGGUCAAGAUGAACCAGUCCCUCCACCGGCUCCAGGUGACAUGCCAGGAGGCCCAUCAUGCAGGAAGCCCCAUGUCAGGUCAGCUCUUGGAGCAGUUUGAACGCCUGAUGACGGUCUACUUGUCAACCAAAGCCGCCACCACGCAGCCCGCCAUGCUGCAAUGCUGCCUUAAUCUCCACGCAUCCAUUGCUGCUCUGCUGGUUCAGCUUGCUGUGGGAAACCAAGGCCCCGAACAUGUAGCACUCAGUUUUCCGCUGCCCUCCCUGCAAAGCACCAUGCUCUGCUUUGUACCAGAGUUUUUUGCAGAGAACUUGGGAGAUUUUUUCAUCUUCCUGCAUCGGUUUGCUGAUGACGUUUUGGAGAGCUCUGCUGAAAGUCUGGAGCAGAUUCUUAACUUCAUCACAGUCUUCAUGGGUAAUGUGGAGAGGAUGAAGAACCCACAUUUAAGAGCAAACCUCGCUGAGGUCUUGGAGGCAGUGAUGCCCCAUAUGGAGCCUGUGGCGCCUGGUGCUCCUCAGCCUAUCGUCUUCCAGCGAGAGAGAGUCUUCUGCUCUUACAAAUAUGCACCUCAGUUGGCAGAAGCCCUCAUCACUGUGUUUGUUGACAUUGAGUUUACGGGUGAUCCUCAUCAGUUUGAACAGAAGUUCAAUUACAGAAGACCCAUGUAUCCCAUCCUCAAGUUCAUGUGGGGCGAAAAUAACUACAGAGAGAGUAUCAAGCAUCUGGCAGACUACGCAUCUAAGAACCUGGAGGCCAUGAAUCCUCCUCUGUUCCUCAGGUUCCUGAACUUGCUGAUGAAUGAUGCCAUUUUCCUUUUAGACGAGGCGAUCCAGUACCUGAGUAAAAUCAAGAUCCUGCAGCUGGAGCGGGAUCGAGGGGAGUGGGAUGACCUGGCCCCCGAUGCUCGACGAGAGAGGGAGUCAAGCCUGCAGAUGUUUGGACAGCUGGGCCGCUUCCACAACAUCAUGUCUAACGAGACCAUCGGCACGCUGGCCUUCCUCACCUCAGAGAUUAAGGGCAUCUUUGUGCACCCUUUCCUGGCUGAGAGGAUCAUCUCCAUGCUCAACUACUUCCUACAGCACCUGGUGGGUCCCAAGAUGGGCGCUCUCAAAGUGAAGGACUUCAGCGAGUUUGACUUCAAGCCCCAGCAGCUGGUCUCUGACAUCUGCACCAUCUACCUGAACUUGGGCGAUGAGGAGAAUUUCUGCGCUACAGUCCCAAAGGAUGGACGAUCGUACUCCCCUACCCUCUUCUCCCAGACGCAGAGGGUACUAAAGAAGAUCAACAAGCCCGGGGACAUGAUUGUGGCCUUUGGACUCCUUGCUGAUAAAAUAAAGUCCCAUGCAGAUAGACAACAGCAGGAGGAGGAGACUUACGCAGAUGCCCCAGAAGAGUUCUUAGACCCCAUCAUGUCCACACUGAUGCUCGACCCAGUUCUUCUCCCUUCCUCCAACGUCACAGUUGACCGCUCGACUAUAGCAAGACAUCUCCUCAGUGACCAGACCGACCCUUUCAACCGCAGUCCUCUCACCAUGGACCAGAUCAGGCCAAACGAGGAGCUCCGACGGCAGAUCUUACAGUGGCUGGAAAAGCAUAAGCAGGAGAGGCUGCAGACGGCAACGAGCGACAAGACUUGAUAACCACGCCUUCCGUGCCUAACAAUGACUGCAUCCACGUUUGCUUCCACCGUUUAUUUUGUUGAUGAAUACAACCUAGCAUCCAUGCUACAGACUGGAACGCCAUGAUGACAAGUUGUUUGGUUUUGACCUUCCUUGCUGAUUAUUCUACAUACACUUACCAGCUAACAAGAUUUUAUACUGCAAACACACGUAUUUUGUGUCGCUUUGAUGGCAGAAUUAGUAUGUAUAUAUAUAUAUAUAUAUAUAUAUAUAUAUAUAUAUAUAUAUAUAUAUAUAUAGAUAAUCACACAAUAACACAUCAAUAACAAGGCAGCACUUUGAAUUCAUGCUGCAUGCUCGGUGUAAAUCAAAUUAGAAGUUAAGCUAAAUUUAUCUGUAGGUACAAAUGUAUUCAUAUUGGUGUGGAUUUGAUUUCUAAAGAUUAAUUGUAUUUAUUGUACACCUUGCAGUGACAACUGCGUAAGCACAGGAAAUACGGCGUAAACAACACGCGAAAGUCCGCACUAUGCAGAGCACAACGCUUCCGUUUUGAAUGUGACAAAUCGGAAUAUGCUUGAUUGAUUCCGUUUCAAGUUGGAAGUGCUCGCCGGUGCUUCACGGUUCCAGACAACUGGCACUACAAAGAUGCGUGAUAUAGAAAAUAAUAGUAAAUGUGAGUAUGCAAAUGUAUGUAUAUAUAUAUAUAUAUAUUAUUUGGAGGUGCUGAACACUCACUUCUCUUGAAAUCCCAAUACAACACAUUAAAGGCAGAGAGGGAGAAAGGUGGAAUGCUAAUGCAACGUUGCCAGUGUUUGAAUCAACAAACGCAGUACUAGUAGGGGCGCUGGGGGUUGUUUUCUCGCCUGGUAGUGUUUAUAAUGCCAACACCAUUCACCUUUCUGAUCGCCCUUGAAUCAUUGACAUGGAAACGGUUGACUGAUGGACUGUAGCGCUUUUCAAAGGAUUUGAUGUUGUGCCGCUCAACGGUGCCUGACACGUUUUUAUAGUGUUUUCCUUCAACACACGGAAAGCAUAAAGAUUUCAUUUGAAGAAAUGUGGUGUGAUCAUGGACUUAAAUGUGAAGCAAGGAUGACGUGUGCGUGCUUCACCUUUAUUACCUUUAAGUGAAAUGAUGAUGCUCUAUUUUGUUUCAUUGUCAAAUUUUAUUUUGAGUGUACAGUAUGAUUUAAAAAAUAAAUAAAACUAAUGUGUGU